CUGGRGCUUCGGAUAGCGCGGCUACAUCCACCCGGCAAAAAGUGGACACGCGACGUCAGUGUGCUCCGGAGACAAGAGGCAGAAAAAAAUCCACAAAAACUCAGUUUAGACUUGCACCACCAUGCCAUCAGAUUUGGCUAAGAAGAAGGCGGCGAAGAAGAAGGAGGCUGCCAAAGCCCGACAGCGCACCAAAAAGUCUGAUGACGUAAAUGGGGAUACUGAGCAACAGGAGGUCCAAGAAAAUGGAGCACACAGCAAUGGUGUUGCCAGUUUGACUAAGGAGCUGGAUGAGUUUGAGCUGCGGAAGAUGGAGGCUCGGGCCGUGACUGGCGUUCUCGCCUCGCAUCCUAACAGCACUGAUGUCCACAUCAGCAGCCUGUCGCUCACCUUCCACGGUCAAGAGCUGCUAUCAGACACCAGCCUGGAGCUGAACUCUGGCAGACGCUACGGCCUCAUCGGUCUCAACGGCACAGGAAAGUCAAUGCUCCUGUCAGCCAUCGGGCACCGUGAAGUUCCUGUUCCUGAGCACAUAGACAUUUACCACUUGACCCGGGAGAUGGCCCCCAGCGACAAGACGGCCCUGCAGUGUGUCAUGGAAGUGGACGAAGAGAGGAUAAAGCUGGAGAAAGAGGCGGAGAGACUGGCCCAUGAAAAUGCUGAGUGUGACAAGCUGAUGGAGCUGUACGAGCGUCUGGAGGAGCUGGACGCAGACAAAGCAGAGGUGCGAGCCUCUCGGAUCCUCCACGGUCUGGGUUUCAGCGCUGCUAUGCAGCAGAAGAAACUAAAAGACUUCAGCGGAGGGUGGAGGAUGCGUGUCGCUCUGGCAAGAGCUCUGUUCAUCAAGCCCUUCAUGUUGUUGCUGGACGAGCCGACCAACCAUUUGGACCUGGAUGCCUGCGUGUGGCUGGAAGAGGAGCUCAAGUCGUUCAAGCGAAUCCUUGUGCUCAUCUCYCACUCGCAAGACUUCCUGAACGGUGUCUGUACCAACAUCAUCCACCUGCAUCAAAGAAAACUAAAGUAUUACACGGGCAACUACGACCAGUAUGUAAAGACCAGAUCUGAGCUGGAAGAGAACCAGAUGAAGCGCUUCAACUGGGAGCAGGACCAGAUGGCACACAUGAAGAAUUACAUUGCCAGGUUUGGUCACGGCUCUGCAAAGUUGGCACGACAAGCACAAAGCAAAGAGAAGACUCUACAGAAGAUGGUGGCAUCGGGUUUGACUGAGAAAGUUGUGAAUGACAAGACUUUGUCAUUUUAUUUUCCUCCCUGUGGGAAUAUUCCUCCUCCUGUUAUCAUGGUUCAGAAUGUGAGCUUCAAGUACAGUGACCACACGCCGUACAUUUAUAAAAACCUGGAGUUUGGCAUCGACCUGGACACACGGGUGGCUCUGGUCGGACCCAACGGAGCAGGAAAGUCCACGUUGUUGAAGCUGCUUAUGGGAGAGCUUCUUCCAUCUGAUGGCAUGAUCCGCAAACAUUCUCACGUCAAAAUUGGCAGAUAUCACCAGCAUCUGACAGAGCAGCUGGAGCUCGACCUGUCUCCUUUGGAGUACAUGAUGAAGUGUUUCCCAGAGAUCAAAGAAAAGGAGGAGAUGAGGAAGAUCAUCGGUCGCUACGGCCUCACGGGAAAACAACAAGUCAGUCCGAUCAGGAACCUGUCAGACGGUCAGAAGUGCAGAGUGUGUUUUGCCUGGCUGGCCUGGCAGAACCCCCACAUGCUGUUCCUGGAUGAGCCCACCAACCACCUGGAUAUCGAGACGAUCGAUGCGCUGGCUGAAGCAAUCAACGAGUUUGAUGGGGGCAUGAUGCUGGUUAGUCACGACUUCAGGCUAAUUCAGCAGGUGGCUCAGGAGAUCUGGGUUUGUGAGAAUCAAACUAUCACAAAGUGGCGUAGCGACAUCCUGGGUUAUAAGGAGCAUUUGAAGUCAAAGAUUGAGAAGUAGCAGGAAACGUCCCACUGAACUGAAACUCUUAUGCAUUUUACUGGAUUUGUCUCUUCUACACGUCUUUGACAGUGAACCUGAUAGAACCUCCCCUCCUGUCUCCAUUUCACCUCAGGCUGCACUCUGAUUGGCUGAUUCACCUGGAAUGCAUUCCAUUGUGCUGUCUUGAAAUUAAACUUUGUUUCUUUUCCCCAGAUGUUUUAUUUCAAGCUGUAAGCAACAGCUGUUAGGUUGUUUUUAUAUUUAAAAAGUUAACACCCCUGUACAACAGUUCUGCCUUAUUUAACAAUGUAAUGCAAUAACUUGGUCAGAAUACAAUAAAACAAAGACGGCAUAAAUAAA